AUGUCCUGCAACAGCUGCUCUGGAAACUUCUCUUCCCUGUCUUUUGGGGGCCAACUGCAAUACCCAGCCUCUUCUUGUGGUUCCUCCUACCCCAACAAUAUCUUCUACAGCACUGACCUCCAAACUCCCAUCACCCACCAGUUGGGCUCCUCUCUCCACAGUGGGUGUCAGGAAACCUUCUGUGAGCCCACCAGCUGCCAGACAUCCUAUGUGGUAUCCAGACCCUGCCAGAGGCCUUGCCACCACCAGAGGAUUCCAGUGUCCUACAGACCCUGUCAGGCAACUUUCUCAGGAUCUCUGGGCUUUGGUUCCAGGGGCUUCCAGUCUUUUGGUUGUGGCUACCCAACCCUGGGCUUUGGAUCCCACAGUUUCCUAAAUCGUGGGUCCAGCUUUUACCGUCCAACUUGCUUCUCUACUAAAAGCUGCCAAUCUCUUUCUUACCAGCCAACCUGUGGAAAUGGCUUCUUCUGA